AUGUCACCGGGUUCUGAAUGUUGUCGAAGUGGUGAGCUGAAAACGAAACCAAAUCAAGAGUCUCUGGGUGCUCAAUGGUGGCCUGUUGAAGAAGUAUUGGCGAAGAAACUCCCGUUAAGGGUGAAGGAUUUCAUUCCUCUGGUUGAACAAGGAUUAGCUUACAGAGAAGCGCAACAUACGGAUCUUCCACGGAUUCUUCCGCUCAAUAUAAAUAUUCCUGGAUUGUUUAUAGAAUUCAUGAUUGUACGCCAUAGUUUAGACGAAUCUCGAACAGAAGUACUUGUUCAUAAGUCCAUUAAAGACGAAGAUAUGCUCAUCGAACACGAGCAACCCUUCCCUACUGUGGAGUUCGGCUUUGAGUACUUUUUUGCUAUGGUCGUCUCCAAAGUCUACAGGCACCUUCUGGAAGAAGGAGGAAACGUUGUGUUUGCCCCGUCGCACGUCGUCCGAAUCAAGUGCCAUCCGAAUCCAUUGCAGUCGUUAGCACACGGUAUCUCAGUUCGAUUAUACUGCCAACACAAGAAAAGCGCCACGAAAGCAGUGAUACGAAGUCCGCGAUAUCAUUGGAUACCGGUUGAGAGCAAAUCUAUACGCGAACAACUGUACAUGGAAAAAGACCAAUAUCGUCCAACGUUAAGAAUGAUCUAG